UCAACGCUGUCCUCGAGCUGCAGGUGAAGCAUCCGACCUCGUCUUCCUCGCCCUUCUCAUAGUCUCUCAUGUUGCGCAACGCCCUCUCAGCGGCGGUUCGCCCCGUCGUCCAAGCUAGAUCCGCCACCACACUCUCGGCUGGCUUUCCCAGGGUUUCCAAGAGGCUGCCUACCAAGUAUGGUGGUGUCUACACUGUUACCCUGAUCCCCGGUGAUGGUAUUGGUAACGAAAUUACCGAUUCCGUCAAGGAGAUUUUCGAGUAUGUCAAUGCUCCCAUUGAGUGGGAGCAGUACAAUGUCUCUGGCGUGUCCUCCGCGGGCGAGGAACUCUUCGUACAGGCUGUGGACAGCUUGAGACGCAACCGGGUCGGUCUCAAAGGUAUUCUCUUCACCCCCAUCUCGCAGAGUGGCCACGUUUCGUGGAACGUCGCCAUGCGCCAGCAGCUUGAUAUCUACGCCUCCGUCGUGCUUUGCAAGUCUCUUCCGGGCUUCCCCACUCGCCACAAUAAUGUCGACUUCGCCAUCAUCCGUGAGAACACCGAGGGCGAGUAUUCAGGCCUCGAGCACCAGAGCUACCCUGGCGUCGUCGAGAGCUUGAAGGUGUCCACUCGCGUGAAGGCCGACCGUAUCGCCCGUUUCGCGUUUGAUUUCGCGCUCAAGAACGGCCGCAAGAAAGUCACGUGCGUGCAUAAGGCCAACAUUAUGAAACUCGGUGAUGGUCUCUUCCUCAACACUUUCCGCCAGGUCGCGGAGGAGUACAAGUCUUCUGGAAUUGUGCACAAUGACAUGAUCGUCGACAACACGUCGAUGCAGCUGGUCGCGCGGCCCGGUCAAUUCGACGUGAUGGUCAUGCCCAAUCUGUACGGUGCAAUUGUUUCGAACAUUGGUGCCGCCCUCGUCGGUGGCCCGGGUAUCGUCCCUGGUUGUAACGUCGGUCGUGAAUACGCGCUCUUUGAGCCUGGAUGCCGUCAUGUUGCCAAGGACAUCAUGGGUACUAACCGUGCCAACCCUGCCGCUAUGAUCCUAAGCGCAACCAUGAUGCUCAGGCAUCUGGGUCUGGAUGACCUUGCAAACAACAUCGCGAGCGCGACCUUCGAUGUUAUCAAUGGCGGCCAGGUCCGCACUGCCGACAUGGGUGGUGCUGCGACGACCUCCGAGUUCACCGCAGCUAUCAUCAAAAACCUCCAAUAGUUGUUUCUUUUCGGCAUGGACAAUAGUGAUAGAAGAGAUAGGCAUGGUGCGAGAGCAGCGAGGACAGUAGUCCCUUCGCUACAUGUUAUACAUUGUUAAUGCGAUGACAUGCAUGUGGGAUGUCAGAGAGCAUCCUUCAUGGCACGUCGUCGAAGUUGAGAUCAACGUCGUCAAAGGUAUGGUCUGCAUCGAGGGCUGCUUCAUACUCCUCCAGCGACAUGCUAUUUUGCUUCUUGCUUGGCCGAUCUUCUACCUCGGGCGCUGGUAGAUUUACCUGAGCGCCCAGCUUAUCUUCACUCACGGGCUCGACUUUGACAAGAUCUUGGACGCCAUCUGAGAGCUUCUUCUUGACGUCCGCAGUCA